CUGGUUUCAACCUUGCUUGGCAGAGAGGAAUGGGACAGCAGUUCACCAACGCCGAGGGGGAGCAAACAGAGAUUGAUGUGGCUGAAUUGCAGGAGUGGUACAAGAAGUUUGUGGUGGAAUGCCCCAGUGGGACCCUCUUCAUGCACGAGUUCAAGCGGUUCUUCGGGGUCCACGACAACCACGAAGCAGCAGAGUACAUUGAGAACAUGUUCAGAGCUUUUGAUAAGAACGGGGACAACACCAUCGAUUUUCUGGAGUAUGUGGCUGCCUUGAAUCUUGUCUUACGGGGCAAACUGGAACACAAGCUGAGGUGGACAUUCAAAGUGUAUGACAAGGAUGGGAAUGGCUGCAUAGAUAAACCUGAGCUGCUGGAAAUUGUUGAGUCCAUCUACAAGCUGAAGAAAGUGUGUCGGUCGGAGGUGGAGGAGAGGACCCCCUUGCUCACACCAGAGGAGGUUGUGGACAGGAUAUUUCAGUUAGUGGAUGAGAAUGGGGAUGGGCAGUUAUCACUUGACGAGUUCAUUGAUGGGGCCAGGAAGGACAAGUGGGUGAUGAAGAUGUUGCAAAUGGAUGUCAACCCCGGGGGCUGGGUCACUGAGCAGAGGAGAAAGAGUGCUUUGUUCUGAGAAAGUUCUGGAAAUGUGAUGCUGACUACAACUGUGACUUACUCUAGGGUGGUAGUGGCUUUCCUUUUCCAUACAACCUCAGCAUCCAGGUGAAAACUUCAGUGCUUUAAGAAGCUGUAUCACAACCUGAAACCCAUCUGCUGCCUGCUGCUGGUACCCAGAGACUAUUUUUGGCCCAUGAAUAAGUCUUUCUGUGUACACAACACUCUGUUUGCCAGCUCUGGUUUUUGGUUACACCCCAAGGAGCAAACUUUGUGUGUGUGUG